UUCUAUGAGAUAUUAUAAAUAAAAAUUUUGUUUUGGGAUCUAAUUUUGCAAAUUAGGUUGCUAAAAAUGUUGUAUAUCGCAGGAUUUAAUUCAUCAUUAUUGUUCCUCUUAAGGCCUACAUAGUAUACAACAAUAUUUCAUCUUGUGUGAUUAUAGAGACAUAUUGUGAUUAUUGUGAAUAAUUGAAAAAUAAAUUAAAAUGGUUCAAACUGCUACAAAUGAAACUGAUUGCAAAGAUGAUAAUGGAAAUGUUGGAAAUGAUGAGAGUGGGGGGAGUAACACUGAUGAUAUUAAAAAUGAUGACAAUGAAGAUAGUGGAAGCGCUAGACUUUGUGCCAAGAAGAAAAACUGUUCAAAGAAGUUGAAACACUGUGGCCCUUGCGAUAAAAAACGCCUUGUUUUGACUCAUUUUUGGAAGAAGUCUUCUGUUCAUAUUGCACGCAACAUAAAGAAGUUAAAAAUACAACACCAGUCUUUGUCUAAACAAAAUGCAAAAAGAGGUAUGUAUUUCCACAGCUAUUUGUUUUAAAAUUAAAUACAAAAUGAUAUAUAUGUACCACUAUCAUUAAGUGCCUAAACAUGUUGAACCAUGAUAGUACACCUUGCCUUUUGGCUUGUUAACAAUAAGCAAGAAUUAAAAUCCUGUAGCAAUCGAUCAACAGCUACAGAUGAGAAAGGAAAGUGGCAUCAAUUAAUGCGUGUAAUGUAGUUUUGUAAAAAAUUUUUACCUGCCAUAUCAUUUCCCACUGCCAUCAAAUUACCAUUCUCAUUAUCAGUCUCGUAAACCAGUUAUGGACAUUGAAGCUUGCCAUUGCUGCCGUCCUUUGGAGUCAGAAACAUUGUGCAGUGUUUGUAUUUCGUCACUUCCUCUGCUCGUUUGUGUCAAUCAAAAAUGUUUAACACAGGAAUUGGUUUUAAUAUUAAAGCCUAUUCAAUGUAGCAGUUGCUCUGAACGCUUCUCAGACAUUAACAUGUGCAAUCAACACCAAACAACACAUCAUCAAAAACAAACAGCCACAAACAAAAUUUUGGUUCCAAGAUCGAUGUCUGUUGGGCAACUUAAAGAAGAGUUAAAAUUACGCAAGAAGGCAGUAACUGGAAAAAAAGAAGAUUUGAUUCGUCGACUUGAAGGAACAUUAUAAACAUUAUUUCGUUUUUAAGUUAUUUGCAUUUAAAGAUUUUUAGAUUUAAUUAUGCUGCAUAAAUUAUGUCACAUUUAAGCAAAUUUUGAUAUUUCCUGUCAUCAAUAACUUUGGAUCUGUUAAAGGACAUUGAUUCAAACUAUAUUAUAGAGUAAAAUUAAAUUAAUUUAUGCAGCAUAAUAAAACUAAAAAUCUU